GCGGUGUGGGUGCGGUGUGUGGUGUGGGUGGGGGUCCGGCUGGGAUGGGUUUGUGAGCACUCAGUGCUGGGGAGAGGCUGCCGCUCGCUGGCUGAGCUGUGACGGUGUGUGUUCCAGAGUCUGCUGAAGGAGCCCCUGCCCAGGCCGAGGAGAGGCCUGAGCCCCCAAGGCAGCGAGAGUGACGAGGAGCUGCAGGAACCGCACCGGCCCCGCAAGGCACGCAGACGCCUCAACUCUGACUCGAGUGAGGAUGAGGCCGAAGACAUGGAGGCCCUGCUCUCUCGCCUGCCACCAGACUCCACCCCACUGAUGGAAUUUGUCAAUGCCUCUCAGGGGAUCCUGCUGCUGCUCGUGGUCAAACAGCACCUGAAGAAUCUGUACGGCUUCUCAGACAGUAAAAUUCAAAAGUAUUCUCCCUCUGAAUCUGCAAAAGUGUACGACAAAGCGGUGAACAGGAAAUCAGGAGUACACUUUCACCCCAGGCAGACACUGGAGUUCCUGAAGAACGGAAUAGGACAGGCAGAGAUCACGGAACCUGUCAAGAGGAACAUAGUCAAACAGUACUUAGAUGUAAGUAACUGCGCCUCCAAAAGCAUCACCUCCAACUACAGUACAGUACUGGCAGCAAUCAGAUCAGCAGAUUACCAGUUCCUUCCAUUACAAACCACCUGCUAACAUUAGUAAUGACCAGAUUACGUAGCCGCUCUCUCUCUCUGGCUCCUUAUUCUCCUCCAUCACUGCUACUGUUGACACUAUCGACCACUCCAUCCACAAUCUCUCCUUUCUCCUCCACCUCAGUGAUUCUGUUCACUCCUGGUUUCAUUCCUACCUAUCCCGCAGUCUUCAGUUUUAUUUCCUCCCAUCCCCAUAGUCACAUAAAGCAUUCCUC